AUGUCUUCUUUAAAACCGGUUUGCCGUAUCUGUCUUUCAACCGACGAAUUACAAGUAUCCCUGUACGGUCAGUAUGCGGAUAAGCACAAAAUUCUGACCAAGAUCCGCGUGUGUUUGCCGAUUUCGAUCGAGCGGGAUGACAGCCUUCCGAAAACGAUCUGCCACAACUGCGUGGCCCGGUUGGAUCAGUAUUACGAUUAUUAUUGCAACUCACUGACCAGCCAGCGGGUGCUCGAAGAUGGUAAGAUGACGUAUCGAGACAUUUACAAGAGUAAAGUGAUGCAAGGAUUGACUGCAGCGGCGGAACGACGGGAUGUGCUAGCGGAACAGGAACGGACGGUUCCGGCGCUGGCUGCAGCCAUCCAACGGCCGUGUGAAGGCAAACUGUCACAGUGUUCCCAGCGAUCAAGGGUGCCGUGUUCGGGCAGCACCUACGUGAUCGUACCGCGCAGCCCGGGACCGCUUCCUUCGAACAGCUUUCUGGACAUCAAGCACAGCCACCGGAAGAAGAGUCGCAGCGGCUUCUCGAAGAUGAGAUUUCGCACCUACGAUGAACGGAAGGAUGAAUCGCCACUGCGGUUCGAUUGA